AGAGCAGACAGCAGACCUCUUAUUAUAUACAUUAUACAUACUCCCGUUGAGUGCGUGCAAAUCGCACAAAUUGUAUAUACAAAAAGCAACUUUAUAAAAGAAAUUUUAUUUGUCAUUGUUGAUUCUGUCUGAUUUACUCUGCACAACAAUGGCAGAGAAGGAUAAUCCGAUAUUCAAGUUUGCGAAUGCCGUAUAUUACGUAUUAGAUACGCCAGUCACUUAUAUCCGAGAGAAAUUCGUAGUGCCGAAUCAAAAGAAAUAUCCAUGGUAUCAUCAACAAUACCGUCGUGUACCAACGAUUGACGAAUGUUACACCGACGAUGUGGUCUGUUAUACCGAGGCAAAUUGUCAAUUCAUGCGCGAUAAAUCGGUAGAUGAUGAAAUUUUAUUCAUAUUGAGAAGUCGUUUUGAACAGUGUGCUUUUUAUCACGGCGAUGACGAUUAUUUAUGCGAUGAUUUAAAGAAGACCUACUUCGACGCGACUGCUGCAUGGUUUACAAAAUAUGGCGAUAUGGGCAUAGGUUUGAACGCUAAAAAUGCAUAUAUGAAGCAGAAACAUCGUUUGAUUUGGGAGCGCCGUCAUGGUCCAGUAGGUAGUGGCAUGAGAGAUCAAGCGACUAAGGCAUAGCAAUUUAUAUUGACAUUGUAGAUGAUAAUUUAAUGGCAAACGCAUUCGCAUAUUAUGGGCCAGAAUUGCAGGUUUGCAUUAAUGUACAGAUAUAUAUAUAUAUUGUGAAUUGAAAAAGGCGGGAUAAUAAAAAUAAUUUAUCAAAA